UUCCCUGGUUUCAACUGCAACAACAGGAAGCCACUCUCUCUCUCUCUCUCGUUCCCUGUUCCUCUAUGCUAUGGAAAUCUUCGAGUUCGAGACUGUCUCUGCAAAACCCUAGAACCUUUCGUUGUAUCUCGCUGUAUCCAUGAUAAAGAUCCAGUCUUUUUCUGUCUAAAAGCAUCUCCUUCUUUGUCUCUCUCUCUAGAGAACCCCAAGAAAUGGCUUCUGUCGUCCCAUUUCUAGACCUGAAUCUCUUCCCGGAUCCGCCGGCAGCAACCGGGGCGACCAGCAGUGCUGGGUUGUUAAUUCCUAAAUUGGAGCCAAAGGUGGAGCCCCUUGAUGAGCCAACCCCUGCGCAAACCCAACCUCACCAACCUAAUUCUUCGAGCCCUAACCCUAGGCUUUGUUUCAAUUCUCUGCCGGAUUCUUUUUUCAGUGAAUUGAACUCCAACUCCGCCGAUUCGGUCCAAGGUACGGACAAUUCGCCGGACGGGAAAAAUGUCUACUCGGAGUUCCACCGGAUUUCGGAGCUUUUCCGAACCGCGUUCGCCAAGCCAAUGCAAAAGCAGGAGAGGGUUGAGGUCGCGGUUCCGGAUCCGGAUUCGAAGGCGAUCGUUCCGGUGCCGGAUGAGAACACUACGUCGGCGGCCGUCGUGCCGGCGAGACGAAAGUGUAAGCCGCGGUCGUCGGAGUUGGUUAGGGUUAUGAAUAUGGGAGCCGACGACCAUAGAUACUUCAGGGAUGUAGUGAGGAAGACGAGAAUGGUAUACAAUUCACUCCGUGUUUUUGCGGUGGCAGAGGAGGAGAAGCGGUUCGGGAGGCGGUGUCGAGCUGAUCUAAAGGCGGCGGCAGUGAUAAGGAACGGGGGCUUGUGGUUGAAUCGCGAUAGGCGGAUUGUGGGUUCAAUUCCAGGUGUUUUUGUCGGGGACUUGUUCUUCUUUAGAAUGGAAUUGUGCGUGGUUGGCUUGCACGGCCAAGCUCAGGCUGGAAUUGACUACCUUGGGGCGACCCAUAGCUCAAACGGCGAACCAAUAGCGACCAGCAUAAUCGUGUCUGGUGGAUACGAAGACGACGAUGAUCAGGGUGAUGUUCUUAUAUAUACUGGCCAUGGCGGGCAAGACAAGAACUCCAGGCAAUGUGUUCAUCAGAAACUGGAAGGUGGAAACCUGGCAUUAGAGCGAAGCAUGCAUUAUGGCAUUGAGGUGAGGGUGAUUCGCGGGUUUAAAUAUCAAGGAAGCGCCAGUGGUAAGGUUUAUGUCUAUGAUGGGUUAUAUAGAGUUAUUGAUUCAUGGUUUGAUGUGGGUAAGUCUGGUUUUGGAGUAUACAAGUACAAGCUUAUUAGAAUUGAGAAUCAACCACUAAUGGGCAGUGUUACUCUGAAGUUUGCUUUGACCCUUAGGACCACACCAUUAUCAGUCAGACCAUUGGGUUAUGCGAGUCUGGAUAUUUCGAUGAAGAAAGAAAAUAUCCCAGUUUUUUUAUUCAAUGAUAUAGAUGCUAACCAUGAGCCAAUGUAUUAUCAGUAUAUUGUUACGGCUAUAUUUCCACCUUUUGCCUAUCAUGAGGAAAAUAAAGGUUGUGAUUGUGUUGCUGGGUGCAUGGAUGAUUGCCCCUGUGCUAGGAAAAAUGGGGGUGAGUUUGCUUAUGAUCAAAAUGGUAUUCUUGUAAGGGGCAAGCCAGUAAUAUUUGAGUGCGGGACCCAUUGCCGUUGCCUCGCUAGCUGCCGAAAUCGUGUUAGCCAAAAGGGGGUGAGGAAUAGAUUAGAAGUGUUUAGGUCAAAUGAAACCGGAUGGGGAGUGAGAUCGCUAGACUUGAUUCAAGCAGGUGCUUUUAUUUGCGAGUAUGCUGGAGUUGUUUUAACUAAGGAGCAAGCCCAGAUUUUUGCAAUGAAUGGAGAUAGUUUGGUGUAUCCGAGUCGGUUUGCUGAAACUGAAAGAUGGGCUGAAUGGGGGGAUCUGUCACCAAUAUUUACUGAUUAUGUCCGUCCAGCAUAUCCAUCAAUUCCUUCAUUGGGUUUUGCUAUGGAUGUAUCAAGAAUGAGGAACGUUGCUUGCUACAUGAGCCACAGUUCAAGUCCUAAUGUUAUGGUGCAAUUUGUGCUCUACGACCACAAUAAUUUGUUGUACCCACACCUUAUGCUAUUUGCAAUGGAGAAUAUUCCGCCUUUGAGAGAGCUUAGUCUUGAUUAUGGAAUGGCAGAUGAAUGGACAGGAAAGCUUCGUAUUUGUGCUUAGCUAAAUUUUGAGUAGGUUCUGUUUUCAACUGAGGUGCAGGUCAGUGUUUUGGGGUGCCAUAUACUCAAGGUGGAAAGUGGACACUCUAAAGCAACAUAUUUUGUGGACCCAAGUUGUCAGUAUCUAAUCCUUGGCAAAUGCAAGAUCCGGUAUCAGAUUAUUAACAAGCUUUUAUACUUGCUCUCUGUUGCUGUGGCCUUGUCAUUUCAUGGUCAUAGAUCCUAACACUAAAGGUUCCAAAUGUUCAAGGGCAUGAUAAAAAGAUGAUUAUUGGACUGAGAGGAACUUACAAAGCUGCUGCUGAAGUGAUUUUGUGCAUCUAUCUCUCGCCAUGUUUUAGAUAGAAACUUUGAAUGCACAAAUAUUACCAGAUAUUAUAUGGACUCUUAUACAUGAUCCGUAUAUAUGAAAUAAAUCCAGUUUAUAUAGUGUUUGUAUAGGGACUGAACUGUAGCAUAACUGCAUCUGCAGAUGGUUGAAUGUAAUAUAGUUUAUAUGCUUUCAUCA